AUGAAUCUGAACUGGAGUCUCUGUGGAGUUCAUUACAGUGAAAGAGCCAGUGCCCACCCCCACUGUUCGCUGGCCAAGAGGGAAUUUGAGGACCCAGAGGGAUGGACAGUUGAUGCUCCUGGAUAUGGCAGGUCUGAGUGGCGUUAUCUUGCUGAUAUGGGCCGUAAACGCCCUGGUCCAGGUGCACUGGGAAGACCAGCUGCUGGCUUUUCUGUCUUUCGAAACUGGGCGCACCUCUUCCUCUUCCUUUGGCCCUUCUGUCUGAUGUCCUCUAACACUCUUACACUCACCUCUCUAUCCACCACCACAAAUCCUCCAAUCUCUUCAACCAAAACAACUGUCAAUACCUCACCUCCAAGCAUCUCAAAUGAGACUUCAACCACCAACCAGUCAUCUUCUCAGACAACUCUCUCACCUCAGCCAAACACAACCAUGACUCCCACCACAGCUGAACCCGAAAAAGAUCGAAAUUGUUCCUACAGUGUUGAUAAUGUCGAGUUUGGUCUAAAGAUAAAGAUGACAAUUUCUACUCCUGGUAACUACAUCGUAUCUGUUGCUGAGAAGAGAGGUCCAAUUGAAAGGGAAGAGAUUUUUCUCAUCUCCAAUGAAACCUCAACUCAUAACAUCACAAGUCUGAAGCCGUGCACCGAAUAUGAGCUAAAUGUCACAUUUAGGGAUCUCAGUGGUACAGAAAUAUUCUGUGACAAAACAGAAAAUAAAACAACAAAAACAACUGGACUGACUGAACAAGAAAUUAAAAGCAUUUCCUGCAAUCCUGGAUAUUUCUGUUACCAAAGUGGUUGGAACAUCAACUUUUUACUAUCAAAAAACAACAUUUUCAUUGAAGACAUGAACAACAAUGGAUCAUAUCGUUUCAAACGUACUUAUGACAAAAUGUGUUCAGAUUUAGUUUUGAAGUUCCCUACAGAAAACUGCUCAAAAGACACAUUUACCAUCUCUGAAAACUUCAGUGUUGAUUUUAUUGAUCCAGAAGUCAUAAAUCAGACUAAACCUACUAAACUUCCUGCAAAGAUAGAACCAGAGUUCCCUUCAAGCUGUAAAGAUUUCAGUGUUGAGUAUAAAUGUUCAGGAAUCCACAAUGAAUCUGUUGAACUUUCUGACAUGAAGCCGUUCACAGACUACAGCUGUACUGGUGACAUCAAGAUGAACAAUGUCUCCAUAAAUAAGACACUUCCACCUGUCCAGUUCAACAUCGACUGUGAUUUUACAGUGGAGAAACUGGAGAUCAGUACAACCAAUACUUCCAUUAAGCUGAACUGGGAAACGAAGAGUGAUAAUUGUCAAGAUGUUCUCAAUAAACUGGAUGAGCUUUCUUAUCACUGCAGCUGUCAGCAACAGAAAGGUGAUGGAAGAUAUUUUACAAUUGAGGAAAAAUUUUUUUAUCAAACUGAAGGAAGAAUGUGUGAGUUCACCAGUGGAAUUAAACCAUUCAGGAAUUACAAGUGUGAAGUUCGUCACAUCUACACUGGACAAAAGGAUUUUGAAAAAGCAAACAUUGAAGAGAAGACUAAACCUGGAAUACCAGAUCAACCUCAUGACGUUGUCGUGACAGUUCCAGAGAACAAUAAGAUCAACGUGACAUGUUCAUUAGAUUACAUGGAUUUUAAUGGACCAGAGAAAAUAUACUUUGCACAACUUCAGGGUGUUCCUGGCAGCAGUAAGGAGAACACAGAAUGUAAAUUUCAAUUUGAAGAUCUGAGCUACUCAACAUCUUACACAGUGGAGGUGUUUACUUUCAACGGACAUUUUACCAGCUCACCUGUGAGAAGUCGGGUUGACACCAGAUACAACAACAAAGCCCCCAUUGGCAGUUUGGUCUUCCUCAUUAUCUUCAUCAUCCUCUGUGCUGCGUUCUUCAUCCUGAAGAGGAGAAAAUCCAGGAAUGUUAAUGAAGAACAGAAGCUCUUCUCGACAGUCAUCUAUACUAACAUGCCACCACGCAAACACAAUGAAGGCGACUGAUGAAGAUCUGAUGGAGCUGCAGAUCAAGAAAACAUUUAAAGUUUUUAUUUCAUUAUGUCUUAGAAAUUUAAAUCUUGAAUACUGCAGCCGAUGGUACAGUAACUGUCCUCCCUGAAUCCCAGACAUGAUUGGUUGGACUUUUCAGUUCUUUGUAUUUUAUUUUAUUCGUUCUUAUGUUUAUAUUCUCUAAAUCAAAAAAGUGAAUCAAAUCACCACUUGGAUUUUUUAAAAUCAAAAUCUAAGUAAAUUACUGAAAAUACAAAAGUUGUCUUCAUGUUUCAUGCAAUAUUAAAAUCUGGAAAGAAGAUAAAAUGUGGCUGGAAAAAAAUUAUUCACACAAAUGAUCACUUAAAAGUGACAUAAAAUUGUAAACCCACAGCUGAACUCACAAACAUGUUCAUGACAGAAAGUGAGAGCAUUUCAGGGCACUUGGAUAAAACCUGCAGUGUAGCUUUGAGAAAACCGCUGAAUUCAUAUCUAAAGCCGACAAAAGUUAUUUUAUAUCUUAAUUGCUUCUUUUUUUAGGUUUCUGCUUUGAUAGUGAGAUGUCAUGUGCCACAUGUUUUUACUUAUUUGUUGUCAAUCCAUUUUUAUUUUUAUUGCUUGUUUUUAUAUGGAUCUUGGUUGGUGUCAUCUGGAAGAGUAAAUGAAAAAGAAAACCAGUUAUCACAUUAUAAUUUGAAAAUAGGCUUUGUUUUAGCAUGAGGUUUGAACAUUUCAAGUGGUCUGAUAAGUCCAGAUUGACUCUGUUCCAAAAUGAUUAACCGAUCAAAGUUGACCCAAAUGACGAGUCAAGACAAAGAACUCAAUGAAGCUGAUGUGAAACAAUAAGAUCUAGGAAAAUAAGCCAGAAAGAGUGGUAAAUAAGUU